CAGAAACAUGCAUCACACUCUGUAGAGUCGUCUAGCUAGCGAAACAAUCAGUUUGAAGAGUUGCUAGUUUAAUUUUAAAACAGUUUCUACCAUGGGGAAUUGUGACAAUCGGACACAAGGAGAAGAUUGUGGUUGGUUGGAAUCAAAUGCCCAUGUCAUCAUCUAUGUCCUCGGUACUCUUCUGGCACUAUCACUAUUGUUUAACAUUGCAUGCUGCUUGUCAAAGAUCUGCUCAGGGAAAGGAAGAUGUCAGUGCAGGAAGAGACGAAGACGGAGUUCCAGACAAAUGGAGGACAAUCCAAUUUAUGGGAAUUUAAACUACAUGGAUGCAAGUGUAGCUGUGUACACAGACCCUGCUCCUCUUCACCCCUCACUGAGCUCUUCAUCUUUAAGGAUUGCACACAGGGUCCAUCCUGACUCACAGUCCAAAAGUCAGGAAUGCUACGCCAACCUGACCCUGAAGCCUCCCAGGCCGCAGUCUGGGCGCAUCUCUCCACAGAAUCAGGUCUCAGAUAUUGUGCAUUUAGAGGAGCCAGAGGAGCCCGGAGAGGAAGAGACAGAAGAACCUGUUACCAUAGAUGAUGCUGUCUCCACCAUGUCUGAUCUGUACGCCUCCGUGCAAACUCAGCGAGCCAAAAUAGUUGACAGUGCGGACGGUGAAGAAGGCUACGCAAACCAUCUCUGAGACGACCUGUUGACCCUCAGAGGAGAAUGGAGGAUGUUUUAAAAGCUUCGCCCUCCUGCUACCACAGGAGGGCGCUAUUUGUCACCACAUUGAACUGACAGCCUGUUUGCAGCAGUGAAGUACAACAGGUCUUUACAAUUCAGUCUAGUAUAAUUAAAUUAGAAUGCAUUUUAAUUCAAGGUUUAAAUUCUGAAAAGUAAAACAUAACCAUCUAAUGAUACCAACAGGAUAACGUGAAGCAAACUGAGAACUACUAAAUGUGCCUAUUAUAUCUGUACAUGUAUUAAUGUCCUAAUUUUAAGUGCAACUAUUCACUCUUUUAUGUUCAUUACUUGUAAGUUCUGUGGGAAUGAUGCCUGUAAAUACAAAUUCUUCGAAUACUUUUGUUAAAUUGUUGGUUAAAUAAAAUUUGUUUCAUACUG